CAUUGGGAAGAUAUUAGCGCUUCGACUGGAACACUGGCAUUUAAGAACGUCAUAAUCACGGACUUUUAAUUUGAAAAUCUCGUGAACGCGCUGGCGUAGGGUUUUCCGCGAACAUGGAGGCGGUUGUGUCAGAACUAGUGGCACCUGAAGAUCUAAAGAGAUUUGAGAAGAAGUAUAACGCUGAGUUGGUGAAAGGACCCGUUUGCAGGGAAACCACAUUUGAGUACGCCUGGUGUUUGAUCAGAAGCAAGUACACCAAUGACAUUGUGAAAGGCAUUCAGCUGCUGGAAGAACUGGUUUCUACGAGCAAAAAAGAUGAUCAGAGAGAUUUUCUCUUCUACCUUGCCGUUGCAAACUACAGACUUAAGGAGUAUGAGAGAGCACUGAAGUACAUUCGUACUCUGCUGAAGAAUGAACCAGAUAAUAAACAGGCCCUGGAACUGGAGAAACUCAUCAACAGUGCACUAAGAAAAGAUGGUUUAGUUGGCAUGGCGAUCGUCGGCGGUAUCGGUUUAGGUGUGGCGGGAUUGGCUGGUCUUAUUGGUUUGGCUGUGAGCAAAGGUCCUAAGUCCUAAUAUGGAGUUCCUGAAGAGCGUACUUUGAUUCUGUUCCUCUCCAGAAGAGAGACUUAAUGAUCUCUUAUAAUCCUAUAAUCACAGAAAACCAUGAGGAGGCCCGUGCUUUUUUUAUUUUGUAUUUUUCUGAAAUGACUUCAAUGACAUUUUGAGCUCUUAUAUUUUAUCAUGUUGAUUUUUGCUUUACGAUUCUUCAGCUCUUUUUGGUAUGUGUAGAGAUGUGGGGUUGGAAUAAAGUAAUAAGUUAUGGGUUUUUCCUCUGAAACCUUUCGUUUUUCAAAGGAAAAGAAACUUCAGAGGCUUUCCAGGGACUUGCAGUACAAGAUAAGAUGUAUUGUGAUAAUAUGCACUUUUUAUUUUUUAUUUAAUAUAUAAAUAUACUUACACUAUAGAUAACUAAUAUGGAACAUUUUUGAUAAACUACAUUAAAACCUCAUGUCUGUUAAU